UUUCAACUUGUUAUGAAACGAGGGACAAACACAAAGAAGGAAAAGCCUUCACCAUUUGUUGUUGUUCUGCUUCCUGAGACCGUGUUCCAUGAUGGCAUGCUCUCCUUCUACAACUCUUGUGUCAAAUUCUCUUCACCUUAACAAAUCCACAACUCAGUGUCGGUUACAUGUUCACCCCACCCUUUCACUAAAUCAAAACCUUCGAAUAUAUUCCAAGAACUUUCUCAAACUCUCAACAACUCGAUAUCAUGCAACAAACACACCCUUUGUUGCUGCUUCUGCAGGAGUUGAGUCUCCCGUGUUGAGUGAGGAUACCACGGGUUUACUGGAUUCGGUGAAAGUGUUUGAUUUGAAUGGAAACGGGAUUCCAAUUUCAGACUUGUGGAAAGAUAGGAAAGCCGUUGUAGCAUUUGCACGUCACUUUGGGUGCGUGUUGUGCCGUAAAAGGGCAGAUUAUCUUGCAUCCAAGAAGGAUAUACUGGAUGCAUCUGGUGUAGCACUUGUAUUGAUUGGACCUGGGAGCAUUGAUCAGGCAAAAGCCUUUGCUGAGCAAUCACAAUUUGAAGGAGAAAUCUAUGCAGACCCCACUCACUCGUCAUUCGAGGCCUUAAAUUUUGUUUCUGGAGUUUUAACCACAUUUACCCCCAAUGCAGGUCUUAAGAUAAUACAAUUAUAUAUGGAAGGCUAUCGACAAGAUUGGAAGCUUUCAUUUGAAAAGGAUACUGUUACCAGAGGAGGCUGGAAACAAGGAGGAAUUAUAGUUGCAGGCCCGGGUAAAAAUAACAUCUCAUACCUUCACAAAGACAAAGAAGCAGGGGAUGACCCAGAAAUCGAAGAUAUCUUGAAAGCAUGUUGCUCUUGAAGAAAGAAGAGAGGAAGCCCUUCUUUCUCUGCCUUAUUUAUCCUGCUUCAUGAAGUGGUACUCACAUCAUACGGCAUUGUACAUCAUAUUUAAGCUGCUGCUUACAGUUAACAGUGGCUUUUCUUUGAGUUUCAAUUAAAAGAUAGCGUUAUUACCCUCCAUUUAUCCAAUUCACAAUUUGGAACCUAUUACUAUGAGGUUCUUAAUUUAUCUAUUCCCUUCCAUGUCAAGAGAAGGUGGUUCCUUC